CAGAAGGUCUAUGGUGAAUGUGCUUGUUUCUUGAAGGUUGCCAUGCGGCUUAAGUCUCGGUACUUCCUGUGUGAGCUGGUGUUGGAGGACCCCCGGAGGAGGCAGAAUCUCUCGCAGGGGACUGUGCUGCACCAUGUGAAGGAGGCAGUGGCUCGCCUGCAUGGGGACUUCGGGGCUGCGGCUGUGUCUAUAGCCCUCUCAGUGAAAUACCUUAAUGCAUACACUGGCAUAAUCCUCCUUCGAUGCCGGAAAGAUUACCACCAGUUCCUAUGGUCAUCCCUCCCUUUUAUAACCAGCUUAGAGAACAGAGGUCAACGGUAUCCAUGUUUUAUAAACACAUUACAUGUUGGAGGUAAGAAAACUGUCUAUUUGGUGCUUAUUCACAAAGAUAUGUCUAAACGUGUAAUAACCUGUGUGAGUUUCAGAUGCAAGUUGUCAAUUCUGUAUUUGUGGGCAGAGUGUUUGGGGUAUACAGUUUCAGGGCAUCAUGUUACUGAUCAUUGGCAAAUGUGCAAUGCAGGAAUUGCUUUGACUUUGCCUUAUUACUGA